CCUCAGGCUGGGCUAGGGGAGGAUUAGGGUGGACAUCACCAAGAAUUUCCCCAUGGCAAGGGUGCUCAGGCCUUGGCAGGGGCUGCCCAGGGAGGUUUGUAGCGUCCAUCCCUGGAGGUGUCCGUGGAAGGAGCAGAGGUGGCGCUCAGCGCUCUGGGCCGGUGGCAAGGUGGGCAUCGGGCACAGCUGGAACUCGGUGAUCUCUGAGGUCCUUUCCAGCCUCAGUGACUCUGGGAUUCUGUGGGCAGUGGGACUCGUGCCUCUCCUGUAUCAGACACAGGGUUCCCUCCCCGGAGCAGGAUGCUGGGCUCUUGCUGAAGCCUCCCCGGAGCAGCGGGGCUGAGUGCGCCGUGAUUCCCCCCGGCUUCAGCAGCGCUGCCAACGUGCCGCCGUUGAUGAUUGCAUUCCUGCGCUCUCGGGCAGUCACUUCUUCAUUCCAGGAAAUUUGUCACGGAGCGAAAUUUAAUACCGGGCUCUGCGAAUCUCAUCAUGUGAAAAGUGACAAGGUGGCAGUGAAAGUAAUUGACAAGAAAAGAGCCAAGAAGGACACCUAUGUCACCAAGAACCUGCGGCGGGAGGGGCAGAUCCAGCAAAUGAUCCGCCACCCCAACAUUGCCCAGCUGCUGGAUAUACUGGAAACUGAGAACAGCUACUACCUGGUCAUGGAGCUGUGCCCUGGAGGCAACUUGAUGCACAAGAUCUACGAGAAGAAAAGGCUGGAGGAGCACGAAGCCCGCAAGUACAUCCGGCAGCUCAUCCUGGCAGUGGAGCACCUUCACCGGGCAGGAGUGGUGCACAGAGACUUGAAGAUAGAAAAUCUGUUGCUAGAUGAAGACAACAAUAUCAAGCUUAUUGACUUUGGAUUGAGCAACUGUGCAGGAAUCUUGGGUUAUUCUGAUCCCUUCAGCACCCAGUGUGGGAGCCCAGCAUAUGCAGCCCCUGAACUUCUGGCGAGGAAGAAAUACGGGCCCAAAAUAGACGUUUGGUCCAUUGGGGUGAACAUGUAUGCCAUGCUGACUGGAACGUUACCCUUCACUGUGGAGCCGUUCAGCUUGAGAGCCUUGUACCAAAAGAUGGUGGACAAAGAAAUGAACCCCUUUCCCACUCAGCUCUCCUCAGCGGCCAUAAACUUCCUGCGCUCUCUGCUGGAGCCAGACCCUGCAAAGAGACCCAACAUCCAGCAGGCCCUGGCAAACCGAUGGCUCAACGAGAACUACCCCGGGAGAGCACCACCCAACGUCACCUACCCAAACAGGAUUCACCUGGAGGACCUGAGCCAGAGCGUCCUGCUGCACAUGACUGAGAAGCUGGGCUACAAGAACAGCGAUGUCAUCAACACCGUGCUCUCCAACAGGGCCAGCCACACGCUGGCCAUCUACUUCCUGCUCAACAAGAAGCUGGAGCGCUACCUGGCCAGCCUCAGGAAGGCUGAAGGCCAGGACGGUAUUUGCCACAAGAACCAGCUCUACCAGACAGACAAAUACAAGGCAAAUAAAGACUCCUACGAGGACAAAAAACUCAAAGAGCAAGAAAAGAAAGGGGAGAUUCUUCACCGUCAGCUCCCAAAGAAAACUGAGAAAAGUCCAGUUUCAUAUAGACAGCCUUCUUCCUGUCUUAUCUCACAGAUCCAGAACACCAAGGCUCUGCUGAAGGACCGGAAAGUCUCCAAGGCUGGGGGUCCGGACAAAGACUCCGGCGGUGGCGUGAGCCCUUUCCACGAGCCCCUGGCACCCAAGACGGGCUGUGUCACUUCCAGCUCCCUGGAAUACCUGGAGGUCCAGCAGCCGCCCCCCAGGACGCCCCGGCUCCUCAAGAGGCAGGAGUCUCCCCAGCCGGAGCCGUCCCGGAUCGGCAGCCGGGCCAAGGACUCCCCUCUCAUCCUGAAUAUUGUGCACUCCUUCGAGUCAGUUGACAGAGAGGACCAGAUAGACCAGGUUUCCCCCUCUCACCAGUACAGGAUUUUAGGCUCGCCAAUGAAUUUCCCUUACAAAAGCUCGAGUGAAAGGACACUGUCCCCGCUCUUUCCCCCAGGGAGCACGUCCCCCGUCCACCCCACCCAGGUCUCUUUCACGUACGAAGAGAAGGCGUACCAGGCAAAGGAAGAAGCGGUGUCCCCUACUCAGCUGGUGCCCAGCAAUUCCCUGGGCAGCCCAAACUGUGUGAAAAGCAGGGGCAGGUUCCCCAUGAUGGGGAUCGGACAGAUGCUGCGGAAGAGGAACCAGACCAUGCAGUCGGCGGGCGAGAAGCCCCUGGAAGCCAGGAUGCCUCAGCUGCAGCAGAUGAGCCCCACACAGAUUUCCUUCAACACAGAGGCUGUCAGUGGCCAGUGUUAGUCUGACAUCCUGGGAUUUGACCUGCUCUUCUCUGGGAUCCAACCUUUUUCUCCUUUAAGCUAGAAGAGAAAGCCACGGGCACGUUGCUGUCACUGCGGGGUGCCCCGCAGCGGUGCAGCACAGGAAAUCGGAGGUUUGCUUGCAAGGAAGGCAUUGUCCUGCAUAUUAAAGCUGAAAGAAAAGGGCUCUGCUUGUGCUGUUAAGAAAUAUUCGCAUUUGGCAUCUGACUGUACAGUAAAACAUCCUGCAAGAGCUGCGUGUGAAUCUGUAUUUUCACUGCUCUCACCUGCUGUGGCAGCGGGGUUGGUCGGGAGCACCGAGGGUUUGGUUCCUCCGGGAAAUCUGUGGUGCCACGGCUGCCGGGCCAGGAUCUGUGGUGAGACUGUCCCUGCUGCAGGCAUUGUCCCUGGGGCAGGCAAGGGGGAAAACCCCGGAUACUCUGUCCAGUGUGAGCUUGCUGACAAGCCCUGCCGAGAAGAUGAAGGCGGUGGAAGCUUGAAUAAAGACACGAGUGGUCUAAUUCAGAAAAAGUGGGAAUAUUGGAAUUCCAAGCAGAUUUUACUGUUAAUUACAUAAAGUAGGUAAUAACGCAACCUUUUUUUUUUUUUUUUUUUUUUUUAAAUAAAGAAAACUGUGGUUUAAUCAUGUCACAAGAAACAUGAUUAUUUAAAAAGAAGUGUCAUCGUGUGGAAAUUCACUGCAUUAAAGGCCAGUUCCAUUCAUAUGAGGGGUCUGCAAGCAGGUGCUUCAAACAGAAAUCCAGAUUGCAACAGGCCGUGUUUAAACAAUCAGCCAGCUCCUGCAUUAGCCCCUGUUACAUCAAGGCAGCAUUGGACACACCUGAAGGCUUCUCUGAGCGUGCAGUGAAUUAAACAGACUAGCAAAGGACACAUGAACCUGUACCAAGUCCGUUUUAUACUCCGAGAUUGGUAAUGUAGUGGUUACCAAAAAUUGGGUAUUGUUACGAGCAGUGAAGAUUAACUUUCUUAAAAGACACCGUGUUCUGUAUACCAGUCUUUUUUUUCUAAGUAAAUGAUACAUCUGAGAGCUUGGCAACA